UAACGAUUCUUGGAGCCUUAAAUCGAUAGACUGUCGAGUAUUUUAGCGACAGAUAAGCGAUACUGUCGCUAUAUUUGUGUCGCCGCGUGUUUUUUGUACGAGGUCCCUGCAAACCCGAUAGCUCUCUCGUGUUAUUCGUGAAUGCAUUUUGUGUCGAAAAGAUGUCUGGCGUUCGUGCUCUGGAGACAUUUUAAUACAUUUUUAACGUGUGCUGUUGUUUUUGGUGUUGUGGCGUGAUAUAAACUUGAAGAUGCAACAGCCAAUAGCACAACAUGAUCAGAUUGCAGCACAACAAGCGCAACAGCAGAUGGUGCUAUGCCCCGUCCGUCUGGUGUACGAGACGCAGAUAUUAGUCCAACCAGGAGACCAAAUCCAGCCCAAUCAGACUUUAUUUAUAAACCCCCAGAAUACUCCACCAUGGGCGCAAAACCGACCGCCGCAAAACCCUGUUUACUACGUCCAGCAGUUUGGCAACAAUAUUGUGCCAAUUCAACAACCUAUAGACCAAAACCAGCUAUUCCUUCAACAAUACCAGAACUAUCAACAGAUAAUCCCCCAGCAAAUGGUCCAAAACCCUCAAGAGAACAGGCCAAAUCAGAUACAGAUACCGAUGAUGCAAAACAUGCUGACCAACUUCCAGACGAAUAUUGGACAAAAUAUACAACUGCAAGAUAGAGGCUUACAACAGGCAAACUUUGCUCAAACACAUCCAAACAUUGGCGCUACUGUCCAAAUGCCUGCUCACACACAGAUCAAUUUGGCCAAUAACAUGAUAAGGCAGAACGAAACUCCUGUACCUAAUACUACUCAAGCGCAGCAACAAAGUCAAACUCCAAGAGUAGAAGUAAAGCCAACGUAUCAACAAGGUAACUUUAGUCAAAUUAACCAGCCGCAAAUGACUAGGCCUCAGUCUCAAGUAUUAACAGUAAACCCAAUGCAGAAUAUACCUCAGACGAUUAACAUCCAAACGUUUGGCCAAGGGGUUAACAGGCCAAUUAAAACCGAAGCUAGUUCCCAAGUCUCAAUGCCAACGUUUGUGAACGCUGCAAACACCCAAAUAACGAGGAUAAGAAAAGUCACGCCAACACAUAAUGUGAAUAAAAUCAACCCGCCAAACCCUGGCGUGAGGAGUGUGAUGAGCCAGGCUUAUAGACCCAUUCAGCCAAGGCCACACCAUCAGCAACAGCAACAAAAACAACAGCAGCACGCUCAACAGCAGACUCAACAACAAAUGCAGCAGCAACAUCAGAAGCAGCAGCAGCAGAAUCAGCAACAACAACAACAACAACAACAACAACAACAACAACAACAGCAGCAGCAGCAGCAGCAGCAACAACAGCUUCAUCAGCAGCAACAACAACAGCAUCACCAGCAGCAACAACAACAACAGAUGCAGCAACAUCAACAACAGCAGAUGCAGCAGCAUCAACAGCAAACUUAUAGGCAUCAUUUACCUAUAAUUCCCAUGGGACUACAAGCUCACAAUAGCACACAAAACAUGCUUAACAACCAAAACAUGAAUGUAAAUUCUAAUAUACCAGCCACUCAAAAUGUACAUAUACCAAUAAUGCCGAUGCAGACGCAAAACACUAUUAGACCAGAAGAAAACAACAGGAAAAGAAAAAGCGAAUCUCCUGAUGAGAUUCACAAGAAAAUGGCAGCUAUACAAGUUAACGCGAAUAAUAUGCCAGUGAAACAUAUAAGUAUUGUGUCGACAGAUGCAGGAACUAACACUACUCCUGUAUCAAAGAAAGGAGAGCAGUUACUGAGCAUGCCUAUACUGUUUUAUAAUAAUGAAAAGCCAUCGGAACCGAGAGACAUAACAAAAUUAAUACAGAGCGUUCAGAACGCCAUCAAAAUUGAUAAAGUCAAUAUGGUUAAACCGACCGAAGAGAAAAAAGACGCUUCAUGUAAUACGAGUGAUAAAGAUAAGUUAAUAAGAAAUACUGUCUUUACACAAGCUAGGGGUCGAGUUUUGACUGACAAAGAACAGAAUACCAUUCCUAGUGAAAUAACAAUCACUCUGAAAGAAGACCCAACAUGUAGUCAAGUGAAACCACCAGUAGAAGAAUCACAAGUGAAAAUUGAGAAGGUAAAACUAGAACCUGAAAGCCCUUUUAAAGUUCCCAAGGCUGUUCCGAAAGAAAUACCAAAGGAGGUCAAGGUUGAACCUGAUAAUACGAGUAAUAAGCCGUUUAAAAUAACCAAUCUAGUUAAAAACGACAAGGGUGGGAGUAAAGUAGAAUCGAAUGAGAGGGAUAUGGAUGUAUCCCUGAAUACGACUAAUAAUAAAGGCAUGUUUCCAAUGGGCAAGUGCGAGCAGGAGAAAGACUUCAUUCUGACCCACGUUUUGGACGGCAUUGUGAUUCAGGAAUCGAAUGUUGCUUUUCCCAUUCGAGAACCACUAACAAGGAGAAUUGUCCACCAACCUCAACUUAACAAUGAAAGAAAAACAAGGAAUAGAAGUAAAAAUGCCAAAGAAAAGAAAGAGACGGCGAAAGUAGAAGAAAAUACAGCGAAAAUAGAAGAAAAAGAACCACCCAAAACAGAGAAGAAUGAUGAUGAAAACAAGCCUCCUCCAGUCGCGGAAAGAGUUCCAGAGGUUGCUCCAGAAGAAAAUGCAGAAGGAGUUCCGCAAGGAGAUUUGGAUAAUCCGUUCGCAAAUAUCACUCCAGCAACUCUCAAAUCUUGGGGGACCUCAGAGCUAGCGGCCCACCUCUCAAAACACAAAUGGAACGAAGCUGCGGUCCUCUUCGAAGACCACGAGAUCGACGGGGAGUCUCUUUUCUUGGUCUCCAAGUCCCAACUCCAAACAAUAGGCAUCAAGGAAAACCAGGCCGAAAUAAUAUGCGCGUUCGUUAAAAGCUAGCAACAGGUUUUUUAGUUAGGUUAGGUUAUUCGAUUUUUAAAUUGUAAAUGUUUUUAAACUCAUGACUGUUUAGGUAUACGACCUAUUGUAUCAUAGAUACAUUUUAUCCAUAUUUUGUGCUUUGGAGAAAGCAUUUGAACGAUAAACUAAUAUGAUUUUAGAUAG